AUCUGAAUUCUGUUCCUCUGGACAUCUUCCGUGCUCUAUCGCUCUGUCUUUGCAUCAUCUUCCUUGUUUCUAUCUUUCCCUCCUCUCCAUCAUCUGCCAAUUAGCUUCUGCUUUAGAGCGAACGACCCGCUCCCAUUCCGAGGAGUUUCGUGUUACCGUUGCCUUUUCCCUUCCGGCGGUACGUGGAGCAGGUCAGCGAUUUUCCACCAUUCGAAGUAUGAGCCACAACGGGCAGAUGAUCGUAGGAGAAAGCACUGCUAAGGAUUGGUUCUACAAAGGAGAAGGAGCUGCUAAUCUGGUCCUGGUAUAUUGCGGCUCUUCUCCCUUUUUGGUCGGAAAGGUAUUACGCAUUCAGAAAAUUCCAAAUAAGAAGACUCUGUCUGCGCAUAAAGGAUUGGACCUAUCUAAUCAUGAAAAACUUAUAUGGAAAGAUGUAGGGGAAAUUCUGGAGUCCGCUACCAGAGACUUUGCUUCCAGAGCUUUUAUUCAGCAUGUCAUGGCUGAUUUAUUGAACUCCAAACAUAUAGAUGCGGGGAUUCUUAUCUAUGUUUCUAAGGAAUUUUUGGAUGUUAUGGAGACGAAUAUUAAAAGUCAACGUCCAAUAUGGAGGGUUGAUGCUGCCAAUAUCAAUAAGCUGUGUGAAUUUGCACUUCUUAUUUCUGACCAUUCAGUUAUUACUAGUACUCCAAAAUGUGAUUUCAGCAUUGCAGUUGAAAUAAAGCCAAAGUGUGGUUUCCUCCCAUCUUCAGAAUACAUCACAGAAGCAAAUGCAAUUAAGAAGAAUGCAACACGAUUUAAAAUGCAUCAAUUCCUAAAACAUCAUCGGGGAGAGAUCUUACAAAUAAGUGGGUACAACCCACUUGAUCUAUUCUCUGGAUCAAGGGACAGAAUAUUACAGGCCAUCAUUGCCUUGUUUGAAUCUCCUCAGAAUAAUUUCCGUAUAUUUUUUGAUGGAUCUCUUGUGUUUGGAGGAUUGGGUGGUAGCUUAGAUAAUACAACUGAACAGUUUAAUAAAAGCAAAGAAGCAAUUGCAAACUUGAUUGCUUCCCGUGGCUUACAGUUAGCUAGCUUUUUUGAACUAGUAGCAGAGACAGGCUUUAGGUCUGGGAUCUUUGAUAGACUUUUAGCAACUCAGAAGUUGGAUGUCCUUGACAUAGAAGGGGUUAUUCAUCUUUAUUACAAUAUUAUUUCUCAGCCAUGUCCAAUCUGCAAAAAUUUGAGCAACAUGAAGGUUUUGCACAAGUAUUCCUCCUUGCAUUCUCUACCACUAGAGAAAAGCAUGAAAAUUGUUAGGGAAUAUCUUAUAUCAGCUACUGCAAAAGAUUGCAGCCUGAUGAUCUGCUUUAGGCCUUCAGAACUUGGCUGUACUACAUCUAAUUAUGAUUCUGUAUUUCUCAGAUCAUCAAAUCAAACCUAUGCUUACAAGGCUUUUUUUAUUGACUUGGAUUUGAAACCUCUAGAUAAGAUGUUUCAUUAUUACGAGUUAGAUCAGAAGAUUGUGAACUUCUAUAAAAUGAAUCAGGAGAUUGAACAAAAGUGACAGUGCCAGAAGAGAUCCAUCUGCAGCAGUGAUGAAGAAUAGUGGUUAAGGAUAUAUUUGCAUCCUGCAUUACGAACCGAGUAAACAACAUGUUCUGAAGAAUGUGAUCAUCUAAAACAUUCUACCUCAACGUGCAGAAGGGGAUUUGAUCAGCUGGUUGAUACUGUAAGCUCCAUGAUCCUCAGAGCCGAAUUUAAUCAGUUAAUUUGUCAGAAUUGAAAAAUAUCUAAGGAUUGCACUCCUACAAUGCAUGAUUCAUGGUUGGACUUGUGUGACGCAUACUCUCUUUCAUUUCUGCAACACUUAAGACCAACAAAAGUAGAAAAUCUAUAAAGACACCCAGAAACUUUUCCCUUAAGUGAAGUUAUCGUGCUUUCUCUUCCA